AUGAGACGUGCACUGGUUUUCGUGUGUGCUUUUUGUGCUGUACUUCGUCUUGGGCUUGGGAUCUUAAGCAAACAAGACACUGAAGAGACUUCUGCUUCCCAAUUGAAGAAGUUGGACAGGAGGGUCGACCUCCUUGGACAAGCAUCUUAUGAUCACUCCCACUACCACUCAGGUGGCGAUUUUGGAUACGGCUUGGGGGGUUACGAUCAUCAUCAUUACGAUCACCAUGAUCAUCACGACCAUCACGUCUCGCACAACGACGCGGCACUUAAAGGACUCCUUGUCCCUCUGGCCGGGGUCGCCCUUCUAGGAGCUGCUGCUCUUUUCGCCUCCAACCCCGUACUUCUUCAACUGGGUGUCAUAACGGGAAAACGAAGACGGCGUGACAUCGGCGAUCUGCUAAGAAACGAAAAAUUCAGGGAUAUACAGGCAUUGGAAAAAUUUAUCGAACAGCUGCCAAGAGCCCAAGUAGUCAAACAAGAGAAGAAGCUCCUUGCCAGCUAUUUGAUGUGUUCUGGUGCUGCCACAUAUGGCAAUAGAUGUAUCGAAAGGUUGACUUGUGAAAUUGAAAAUCCCCUGUCAAAUGUGACUCAACUAGAACGACACGUAUUAGAAAUCGUUCAUUCGGACAUUAUGAAGAAUGAAUUCAUCCCACUGGAUUUAAAACACAGAAUUGAGAAGGCAAAGUCAAUAGGGAAGACUGUGGGGAAAUGCCAACGGUUUUUCUGCUCCGACAUCGAUAAAUGAUCUUUACAAAAACCUGUUUGCAUCUAUAUAAAACAAACAAUGCAUACAUUUUGUA